CAAAUGCCAGUCGCUUGUAACAGCGCAGCUCCAGAUAGUUCAUGCCUCAGACCUCAAAAAUUCAAGUAUAACAAGAUGAAGGUCCUUCAGUUCCUCCGGCACAACAUUCUCCUCAUCUCUACACUUCUCGCUGUUGUACUGGGAAUUGUUGCUGGGAUGGUGUGCCGGCCCCUCAAGCCGUCCUCUGACACUAUUCAUCUUGUGCAGUUUCCUGGAGAGCUUUUCCUUCGUAUGCUGAAGAUGCUGAUGCUGCCUCUGAUAAUAGCUAGUAUCAUUACAGGUCUUGGGGAUAUGAAAGGAUCAUCUGCCGGAAGGAUAGGUGUACUGUCUAUGGUUUAUUACGCAAGUACCUCUAUUGUGGCAACAGUGGUUGGCUUGACAGUAGUCCUGACCAUCAAACCUGGAGCAUACUCAGACUCGUCAACAGCCUAUAUAUCACACAACAACGCCAUGACGUCAACAAUUGAUAUUUUUUUGCACUUGUUAAGGAACAUAGUGCCAGACAACAUAGUUGCUGCAACAUCCCAACACUCAAGCACCGUGACAGGGACAGAGGAUGGUGGCAGCUACAGUUCUGAUUUCUUGAAUGAUACUGGAAAUUCUACAGAAGUCAACAUGACGAAUCAACUAUCCUCAACAAGAAAAACACAACUGGUUGAUGGUGUAAAUAUCUUAGGAGUACUUAUGUACUGCAUUGUUUUUGGUGUGACUCUCAGCCAACUCGGUCGUAGUGGAACAGUGGUGACAGAGUUCUUUACUGUCAUUAAUACCAUCACCCUAAAAAUGAUCAGACUUGUUAUGUGGUAUUCACCACUUGGCAUACUGUUUCUCAUCAUGGGCCAGAUAAUGUCCACAACUGACAUGACGGAGACUGGACAAACACUGGCUAUCUACAUUGCAACUGAGUUGGCCGGAUUGGCAAUCCAUUCACUGGUGGUCCUUCCAGGCUUGUAUUUCAUCCUGACAAGAAAAAACCCAUUUGCCAUAUACCUCAAAGUAAUACAAGCUCUGCUGACAGCCUUUGCUACUGCCUCCAGCGCUGCCACGCUGCCGGUGACGAUGCAGUGCGUCGAGGAGCGGAUGAAGAUAGACACACGUAUUUCCCGUUUCGUCCUCCCAGUAGGAGUCACAGUCAACAUGGACGCCGGUGCUGUGUAUGCUGCCAUUGGGCCUGUGUUCAUAGCACAGUACAAUGGAGUCAGCCUGUCAUUUGGAGAUGUAAUAAUUGUUAGUUUAACAGCUAUUCUCAGCAGUGUUGGAACUGCUGGUGUGCCAGGUGCGGGUUUAGCUGUCCUGCUGCUUGUCCUUAAAUCUGUUGGACUCCCGGAUCGAGGCGUCUCGUUCCUGAUCACUGUAGAAUGGCUGUUAGAUAGAUUUCGCACCAUGGUAAAUGUGGCUAGUGAUUGCCUGGUCGUAGGAGUUGUCUCCCGUUACACGAAUCUUCCUCCACGUGACCAGUCAGAGACACAAAGUGAGCCGCUACGUGAGGAGCAGGUGAUGCUCGAGAGCGAACUGGUGUGAGGCCAUCGCGGCCCAUUUCUCUUUUCAUUUUUUUAUUGUGAACAAUGCUUGAUAGGUUAAAUUUAAUUUAGAGUAAGGGAAACACAAAAUACAUUUAACAAUUUCUGGAUUUCCGGCAGAUGCCCUUCAAUUUGUAUUCUAUGUGUCAAAUAUUGUAGCUCAGCCGUGUAAAAUUUUAAACAUUAGGUAAUAAGAAUGUGUUGCCUUUAUUGUGAUGAGUGAUUGGGUGUUCUUGAAAACACUAUGCCACUAACUCAUUUCUCCUGAGCACAAAAGACAAACCCAAUCCACUUUCAUUAUCCAGUGUUAAUUUGUAUGAAUAACCUGCAUCUAUUCGUUACCUUAUAGAUGUAGCUUUUUCCUGCAUACACAUAUAUGCGCUUGCGUCUUCAAUGCAUGCAACAUAUUUUAUAAAUGCAUAAUUGUAUUUCCACAGGCAAAUGUGGCAUCAUAUUUCAGUGGUUCCCUCUAUGUUGACAUGGCACGUAACUCACAAGUGAAUGCUGCAACUAAACCAGCUCUUGACACACCUAUAUUUCCACUUCUUAUCAAAUACAGUGCUUUUAGCCAGAAUUGAAACCAGUUGCAAAGAGGUAGGAUACCCAAGAAGGCAUCAAUAACCUUGAUGAAUGUAAACAAAAAACAGGUUAUGCUUACUUGGAGUGUCAGUCAAGACAUGAUUGGAUAUUUUGCGACGAUCUAGUAUUGGCCUCAGUCGCGUUAUGUGCCAACAACUAACCUCCUAAAUUGUACCUUGUAAUGAAGAAAUUUUCAUUUUGAAGCAUAUGAUCUGAAAGAUCUAUUUUCCUUUCUUUGCUUUCUGGUUUCAUUAAAACUAUUUGAAAGAA